AUAAUUUCCAACAGGUGGAAGUUGGACUCUGAAUGGUUUCAGAUUUCGGCAAGGAAGGAGAACAAUCAUGUCCAAGAAGUUGAUCAACGAGGUGGAUCGAGUAGUGGAGGAUAUGCUGGAGGGUUUGGUGGCCUCGAACCCUGGCCUUCGAUUGGUUCGCGAUUCCAACGUCGUCAUCAGUGCCAGGGCAAACGAAGUCAAAGGGAAGGUCGCCAUCAUCUCUGGUGGCGGCUCUGGACACGAACCGUUCGCGGCUGGUUUCAUUGGACAAGGGAUGUUGACGGCGGCGUGUCCAGGUCCUAUCUUCACGUCCCCACCCAGCAAAUUAUCUCGGACAGCCAUUCGUUUGGUUGCUCAACAUCAGCCGGCGGGAAUAAUAGUUUUCGUGUACAAUUACACGGGUGACCGAUUGACGUUCGGGAUUGCGGUGGAGAAGGAGAAAGUGGAGAACGCCUCGGGAAUCCCGAUUGAAAUGUAUGUGAACGGGGACGACCUGGCCCUUGACUACGCGUCUAAAGCCGGGCGCAGAGGCCUCGCUGGCAAUCACCUCCUUAUGAAGAUCGCGGGAGGGAUGGCGGAGGAUGGUAAGAGCAUCCAGGAUGUCAUGAAUGCCUUGAAAGAGUCGAGUAAGAACCUGGGGACGAUGGGAGUCGCUCUCACCCCGUGUAGCAUCCCAGGUCAAGGUCCCCUAUUCGACCUCGCUUCCGAUGAAAUAGAACUCGGCUUGGGAGUCCAUGGCGAAGCUGGCGUCAGACGUACCAAGAUACGUUCGAGUUCCGAAGUGGUGGCUACCAUUUUGAACCGGAUCGUGUCUGGUCUGGACCUGGUGAAAGGCGACGAAGUCAUCUUACUUCUCAACAAUCUCGGAGGAACUCCAAAAAUGGAGGAACUCAUCACCAUUCGAGAUGCCAUUCUGAAUCUCGAGAUCCGGGGUAUGAAAGUGGUUCGAGCCCUGUCAGGACAGAUGAUGACCUCGCUGGAAAUGGCUGGGAUCCAGAUCUCCGUGCUGAAGGUGACCAAUCACCCUGAAUGGUUGAGGUACCUGGAUGCACCCACGGAUGCCCCGGCUUGGCCCCGUCCUCUUAUGAUGCCCGGAAUCAAGAACCGAUUCACACCGGACAGGCUGCCGAGUCCAGCUCUGACGACGACACUGGAGAAUAUAGACCCAGGACUGGGCAUCACUGACCCAGAGGUCACGAAAAAGAUCCGUGUGGUCCUUGAAGCCGUCUGCAAGGAUCUUCUAGCCAAGGAAAGGACGUUGAACUCCUACGAUUCCAGGAGUGGAGAUGGAGAUUGCGGCGCCGCCAUAGCCAGAGGGAUCGGAGGUAUGAGAAGGAAGGAAAUACAGGGUGUCUCAAAAGAAGUGUCCAGGCGCCUCGAGUCUGGUUCCUUGGACUUAAAACACCCGAAGGUAUUGUCUUUACAUCUGGCGGAUAUUGCGGAAAACACAAUGGGCGGAUCUUCCGGUGGACUCUAUAGUCUUUUCUUCACUGCCGCUUCCCACGCCUUUCAUCUCGACAAGCUACAGGACAAGAAGACUCUCGACUGGCCUUCUCUAUGGUGCCUCGCCCUUCAAUAUGGCCUGACGGCCAUUCAGAAAUACGGUGGAGCAGAGCCCGGCGAUCGAACCAUGUUGGAUGCGCUUGUUCCGGCCCACAAGGCGCUAAGUGAAGCGCUGUACAAGCAGGCGGGGAGGAAUGCCGCGCUGCAGGAGUUGCGGGCGGCUGCGGAAAAGGGUGCUGAGGAAACUCGGAGAAUGGAGGCGAAAGCAGGCCGGGCCUCCUACGUCAGCAAGGAAGAACUUGUGAACCCUGACCCUGGCGCUACCGCAGUCUCAAUCUGGAUCGGCGCCGUCUCCCGAGUCCUUUUGGGUCCCACCGAUUGAUUCCUAGCCUCCCCACAUGCGUUCCUACGUGAUAGUGUUUCUAUGAAGGUCUUGAAGUCUACCUCUUAUAAAAUAACGGGUUAACGGCUUCAGUACCGUGAUGGAUAUAGUGGACCCAUAUCGUGCAGGACUUCACGAAUCCCUCUUCUCAAGCGCUAAAACUGUCAUGCCGACGGAAUGCUUGGGCGAGGAUGACUAGGCUUGGCUCUGCUCCCACAUUUGUUCUUCCGUUUCUGCUUCUUCGCGAGUGCCAUCAACUAUCCCAGCUUAUGUCAUCCUAUGUGGUACAUCGACCAUCUUCUACCUUAGAGAAAGCCCUCCGCUUGAAUCAGUCUCGAAAAAGAAAAAGUAACUCUAUUGCAAUCCCAAAAUGGGCAAAGGAUGGAAGAUUUCAUCCCAUGUUUCCUAAUUUCUUCGAUUCAGAAUUACUUCUGUUCGAUUCGGGAGUGGCUUUCAAUGUAUCUCUCUUCCGUACGGAGCACUUGAAAACGUCCCCCAAGUUAACCGAAUAAAUUGGUUGUGCAACUCGCAUUAUCGACUGAUAAUCACGUGAGUUGCUUCACGAGUUUAAUGCUGCCCAGAAAUUCAGGAAGUCUUAAGAACUUAGUCUUAGUCUGAAUUCGAGUUCAGUUAGGACGCUCCCUGGUUCUGGUCAUGUGUCUGGGUUAAAUAAAAAAAUUUCCUGAAUAAAC